UCAUCUUUUCUUCUUCUUCUCUCUCUAAAAGGCGAGGAGGUACCAUUGCAGUCGGAGAGAGUAGCCAAAUAGCGAAGAUCUUCCGCUCUGCUACUGGCGGAGAAGGCUGUGGUGAAGUAGGAAGAAGAGGAGAGGAAAAAGGCGGGUUUUUAUCAGCGGUUUUAAGUUGUUACCAUGGUGAGGAAGAAGCGAACGGAACUUCCUAGUGAGGGACAGAGUUCCAGUUCCCAGGAAACUGGGGCUGGCCGUGGUGGUGGGCAACCUAGCCAACCAGUUCAACAGCAGCAGCCACAGCAGCAAGGUGGAUUCCAAGGUGGAGGGAGAGGCUGGGGACCUCAGCGUGGAGGAUAUGGUGGCCGUGGAGGAGGGGGUGCACCGCGAGGUGGGACGGCUCCUCAACAAUAUCAUGGUGGGCCUCCUGAAUACCAGCAAGGCAGGGGUACUCAGCAGUACCAACGAGGAGGUGCACCGGCCCAGCGCCAGCGAAGUGGUGCUGUUGGCCGUGGGAUACCUUCAUCUGGUGGGCCUUCUGUGGCACCAGUUCCCGAGCUGCAUCAAGCAACCCCAGCUCCUUAUCAGUCUGGGGUGACCACUCAGCCUAUGCCUUAUGGGAGACCUGUAGAAUCACAGGGUGAGGCUAGUUCUUCAAGCAGAGCACCUGAGCCAUCAUCAUCGUCAGUGGAGCAGCAGUUCCAACAACUCAGUCUCCAGCCUGAAGUGAGCCAGGCAAUUCAACCUGCUUCAAGCAAGUCAAUGAAGUUUCCUCAGCGCCCAGGGAAGGGUAGCACUGGCAUAAAGUGUAUUGUCAAGGCAAAUCACUUCUUUGCUGAAUUGCCAGACAAAGAUUUGCACCAAUAUGAUGUAUCCAUCAAUCCUGAGAUCACAUCCCGAGGUGUUAACCGUGCUGUCAUGGACCAGCUGGUUAAACUGUACAAGGAAUCUCAUCUUGGAAAAAGGCUUCCUGCCUAUGAUGGGAGAAAGAGUUUGUAUACUGCAGGGCCACUCCCUUUUGUUUCCAAAGAGUUCAAGAUUACCCUGAUUGAUGAGGAUGAAGGAAAUCAAGGAGGUGCUGGCAGGAGAGAGAGGGAUUUUAAAGUUGUAAUCAAAUUGGCAGCGCGUGCAGACUUGCACCAUUUAGGGAUGUUUCUGCAGGGAAGACAAGCAGAUGCCCCUCAAGAAGCUCUUCAAGUUUUGGACAUUGUUCUUCGUGAAUUACCGACAACUCGGUAUACUCCUGUGGGCCGCUCUUUUUAUUCCCCUGAUUUAGGAAGAAGGCAGCCUUUAGGUGAAGGUCUGGAAAGUUGGCGUGGUUUUUAUCAAAGCAUUCGGCCUACUCAGAUGGGGUUAUCACUAAAUAUUGAUAUGUCAUCCACGGCUUUCAUCGAGCCACUUCCCGUUAUCGAAUUUGUGACUCAGCUUCUUGCCAGGGAUGUAUCAUCAAGACCUUUGUCUGAUGCUGAUCGUGUGAAGAUUAAGAAAGCACUGAGGGGAGUGAGGGUGGAGGUUACACAUCGUGGAAACAUGCGCAGAAAAUAUCGUAUCUCUGGUCUUACAUCACAAGCAACACGCGAGCUGUCUUUUCCUGUCGACGAGAGGGGUACAAUGAAAUCUGUUGUUGAGUACUUCCAUGAGACAUAUGGGUUUGUGAUUCAUCAUACGCAAUUGCCUUGUUUACAAGUUGGAAAUCAGCAAAGGCCAAAUUACUUGCCAAUGGAGGUCUGUAAGAUUGUUGAGGGCCAGAGGUAUUCCAAGAGGUUGAAUGAGAGACAGAUAACUGCUCUUUUGAAAGUGACCUGCCAGCGUCCUCAGGAGAGGGAACGUGAUAUUCUUCAGACUGUACGUCAUAAUGCCUAUGCUGAUGACCCAUAUGCUAAAGAGUUCGGUAUCAGGAUUAGUGAGAAGCUGGCUCAAGUUGAAGCCCGCAUUUUACCUGCUCCUCGGCUCAAGUACCACGAUUCUGGUCGGGAGAAGGACUGUCUGCCACAAGUCGGGCAAUGGAACAUGAUGAACAAGAAAAUGGUUAAUGGAGGAACAGUAAAUAACUGGAUUUGUGUAAAUUUCUCUCGCAAUGUGAAAGAUGUAGCAGUUCGUGACUUUUGUCAUGAGCUGGCCCAGAUGUGUAUAACCUCUGGAAUGAACUUUAAUCCUCAUCCUGUUUUGGCCCCAAUGUAUGUUCGUCCUGAUCAAGUUGAAAGAGCCUUAAAAGCUAGAUUCCAUGAAGCCUUGACUAACCUUCCACCUCCAAAGAAGGAACUGGACUUGCUGAUUGUUAUUUUGCCCGACAAUAAUGGCUCUCUUUAUGGUGAUUUGAAACGGAUUUGUGAGACAGAUCUUGGAAUUGUCUCCCAGUGUUGUCUGACAAAGCACGUCUUCAGGCUGAGCAAACAAUAUCUUGCCAAUGUUGCAUUGAAGAUCAAUGUGAAGGUUGGAGGAAGAAACACAGUGCUUGUUGAUGCUCUUUCUCGUCGUAUACCCCUAGUCAGUGACAGACCUACUAUAAUUUUUGGCGCUGACGUUACACAUCCCCACCCUGGCGAGGAUUCGAGCCCAUCCAUUGCAGCUGUGGUUGCAUCUCAGGAUUGGCCUGAAGUUACCAAAUAUGCUGGUUUGGUUAGUGCUCAAGCACAUCGUCAAGAGCUGAUUCAAGAUCUGUUUAAAGCUUGGCAAGAUCCUGGCAGGGGAACUGUGACAGGUGGCAUGAUCAAGGAACUCCUCAUAUCUUUCCGUAAAGCAACUGGACAGAAACCGCAGAGGAUUAUUUUUUAUAGAGAUGGUGUCAGUGAGGGGCAGUUCUAUCAAGUAUUACUCUAUGAACUUGAUGCAAUACGCAGGGCAUGUGCUUCUUUGGAACCAAACUAUCAGCCCCCAGUUACUUUUGUUGUUGUUCAGAAACGUCACCAUACAAGAUUGUUUGCCAAUAACCAUCAUGACCGGAAUGCAGUUGACCGAAGUGGAAAUAUUCUGCCUGGUACUGUUGUAGAUUCAAAGAUCUGCCAUCCAACGGAAUUUGAUUUCUACCUUUGCAGCCAUGCUGGAAUACAGGGUACCAGCCGACCAGCACAUUAUCAUGUCUUGUGGGAUGAGAACAACUUUUCAGCUGAUCACCUACAAUCUCUUACAAACGAUCUCUGCUAUACUUAUGCAAGAUGCACUCGUUCUGUUUCCAUUGUGCCACCCGCCUAUUAUGCCCAUUUGGCUGCUUUUCGUGCGCGAUUCUACAUGGAGCCAGAGACAUCUGAUAGUGGUUCAGUAACAAGUAGUGCUGCUGCUAGUCGCGGCGGUGUUGGUCCUGGGGGUGGUGCAAGGAGCACGCGUGCACCGGGUUCAAAUGUCAAUGUUCGGCCUCUUCCUGCCCUAAAGGACAACGUGAAGAGGGUUAUGUUUUAUUGUUAAGCCAGCCACAUUCUUUGGAAGUUGCUGCUUUAUGUCGAACAGUGGUUUGUUUUGCUAGUAACGUACUGAGAAACAUUAGAUCUCGGCCAAACUUUCGUGGCUGACUAUAGCUCAACGUGACAUUAGAUCUCAACCAAACUUUUUUGGUUGACUGCUCAGUGUGUUGAGUUUAAGUUUGUAUUUGUUUUCGUGUUUUCUGGGUUGUGCAACCGAAUCUUGUUUGUGUUAUGUUUGCUGGUGAUUGCUGAAUAUCAUGCUGCCUUGGAACUGUUUGGUAGGUCGUCUAUUUA